CGAGUGCGCGGCCGGCGCGGGAAGUGCUGCUACAGAACAUACAUAGGCACCAGUGAAAGUUAGUCAGUUCAGUUAGUGCACCUCGCCAGUCAGUCCAAGCCAGGCGUGCGGAGAAGCACGCGAGAAAAAAACAACGCUACUCGCGGUUCGACGCAACUCACGUGAAUACACUCACACAAGAAGUAGUGUUUCGACGCCGUUUGGUGGCGAACUGAAUUGGUUCUUUUGUGGAUACCAAAUUUCUGCACUGACCAUUAUUCAGGAUGGGCAAGGGUGCAGAUAUGGACGGCUGCGGCCAGUUUAUGAAAUACAGCAUGUUCUUUUCAAACUUUGUAAUAUUUUGUGGAGGAGUCACAGUCCUUGGUAUUGGCGUCUGGACAUUGGCGGACAAGUCGUUCAUUAAUGAGUUGCUGGGAACCAAUCUCUUCAUGGGCACUGUCUACAUCUUGAUGGCCACCGGCGGCCUUGUGGCCCUGCUCGCUUUCUUCGGCUGCUUGGGCGCCGUCAAAGAGAUCAAGUGUCUUUUAUUGCUCUAUUUCCUGCUGGUUCUUGUUAUUUUUGUGGUGAUGCUGGUUGGAGGUAUUUUGGGCUAUGUGUUCAGAGAAAAGGUGCACGACACCAUGGAACAAGAAAUGCAGGCGUCCAUCAGAAUGUACGGACAGAAGAGGACAGUCACUCGGGCUUGGGACGCGACACAAGAAACGUUGCACUGCUGCGGAGUGAAUUCAUAUCAAGACUGGGGUGACAACUUGCCAGACAGUUGCUGCCGCGAAGACGAGGAAGGCAAGAAACUUCCGUGUCGAUACGAGUCAGAAAAUAUUUACCCAGAGGGAUGUCUGAUGCUGACGGAGAUGUUUGUAAAGGACCACGCGGAAAUUAUUGGAGCGGCUGGAAUUAGCACGGCAUGUCUCCUUCUUCUCGGAAUGAUUUUCUCUUGUGCCUUGUUCAAGUCCAUUGAAUAAGAGAGUGGUAGCUGAAUACAUAACCUUAAAAUUGCGACUGGACGAUGUUUUUGUACUGUGAAAUUUUAUCAUUUAAGUUAUGCAAUCACUAGAAUCAGUGUUUUGUGUCGUCAAAUGAUUAGUGUUUUAGUUUUAGCCAGCUUUAGAUAUUUGCAUUUUUGUGUGCAACACUCGUAAUUUGUGUAAAAAAUAUCUGUUUAGCAAGUGGCCCCGAAUUAAAGUUGUAAUUUUAUUUUAUUGUAAAUCUAAUACUCACUUAUUAAGUCAUAAAUUUUUAAUUCAUUUUCCAUCUAGAAAUGAAUGUUUUUGGUAAAAAGAACUAUGUAUGAUUUUUUCACCAAAGCUUAAAUUGUUCUUUUAAUUAAAAUGAUAAAAUAGCAGACAAGAGACUAUUUUGUAUUGAAAACAGCAAAAAUGCUUUUGUGUUGAUGCAAUAAAAUAAUAAAUCAGACAAAUGUUG